CCGCCUCAGAGAGAGAGAGAGAGAGAGAGAGAGAGAUCGUCUCGCUCACCAUUGUGUGUUGGAAAGGCCUCCCCUACUACCCGCAAUGAUUUUUCCCUUGCUUCAGUCCGUUGCUACUUCAAUUUCUCUGCUUCUACUCCCCUGUUCCGCCUCCCUGUCUUAGCCAGCCUAUUAUCUCGUAUUUCCAUGGCAUGCUAUGGUCAGUUGUGUGCGGUAGGAGAUAUGCGAAUGUUGCAGUUGUGAGAAGGAGAAAUGCUGUACGAAGUGUAAGACGAAAGAGUGCUGUACAGAGGUUACCGAGGUUGCGUGAGGCGUUGUUCUUUCUGGAAGGAGUUUGUACAACAGUUCCUAUGGUGUAGAUCCUCGGGGGAAGGCUCGUGACGGAGAAUUGUAUUUCUUGUGUUGACUGUAGUUAUCUUCCUCGUCAUGGUGGGAAUAGAGCAGUAUGAAGUGUUAAGCGGGAUGUAAUGACUUGCCACUCUGCAAUGUGGUGGUUGUUCCCAAUCGAGCUAGCAUCUUGAGAAUUGAAGCCUUGAUUACGGUUUCAGUGUUUGUUCAUGAAUUGAAAGGUCACGUUGCACCGUUUGCCUUCGCCCUUGCCUCCAAGGUGACUGUGAAAUUGCUGUAUGAGUAAUCUUAUCCGGGAGUUUUUGAACUUUAGGAUGUCAUUAUGGGGUUACGGUUAGCUGCUGGAGUUUGAGAGUUUUGGGAGCAUUUGUGAGAAUUCCUGGAAGUGGUACUGGUUUUGGCUCAUGUGUCCCGGUCAUGAGCUUACACUGACUUAUGUCUGUCUUGCGCCGUGGGCGUAUGACCAUUCACAUCGUCAUCUUCUUCACAAAGCUAUUCCACUGAAGUUGGAUUCUCAACAAGGAUAUCCAUCAAUGUUCUUGUUGGUUAGAACAGUCGGGAAUGCAACCUGAGUCGGUAAUGAAACAGAGUUGCACAUGGCGUAUCAGUACUCUCCAGGUGGCAGUCGCUGGAAGCCGACUGGUGGGACUCUUGUGGAUGGGCGACUCAGGCAUGAUAAAUUUACACAAGCAUCCGAUGCAGUGCAGCAGUUGGAGGAGCUGCACACUUCCUUAGGCUCAGUAUCUCAAGAUUCACUUAACAUUCCUGCUUAUUACACAUUGGGCUCUAGCUCACAGGCAGUUAGCAAUUGCUCCACUGAUCUGGCGGGAUGGAUUGACUGCAUGAUUGAGGAACUUUCUUCCAACACCGCCUGUCCAAUAAUGGCGCCGCAGCAGCAGCAUGGACUUUUAGAAGGUUCUUUCCUAAAAAAUGAUCAUGACGCUAGCUCCUGCCGUGAUUCAUUGUUGGAAACGGGAUCACAUAGGCUUUCAAAUGUCCAGUUCCAAGAUACUUCUGCUGCUAGGAAUAAAUCUUCGACGGCUCCUCAUAAUGGCACGUCGCAAGUAAAUGCCAUUCGUACCACUGCAGCAGGUUUAGAGCAGCAACUCAAUAAAAUGGGCGAGGAUGAGAACAAUGGCAUUCAAUUGGUGCAUUCUUUGCUGGCAUGUGCGGAAUCCAUCCAACGAGGGAACCUUAGUUUCGCAGAGGAGACUCUCCGUCGGAUCGAGCUGCUUAGUCUGCCACCAGGACCUAUGGGCAAAGUGGCAACUCACUUCAUCGGUGCGUUGACUCGAAGAAUUUACGGGGUCGCUUCCUCCAGCGGCAACAACAGCAGCAGUAAUCAGUCAGAUUCUCUCUUAGGGUUGUUGCACUUUUACUUCUACGAGUCGUGCCCGUUUCUAAGAUUCGCGCAUUUCACUGCUAAUCAAGCCAUUCUUGAGGCUGUCACAGGGCUGAAGGAGGUUCAUGUGAUUGAUUUCAAUCUAAUGCAGGGGUUGCAGUGGCCGGCUCUGAUCCAGGCUCUCUCUCUCCGGCAGGGUGGCCCUCCGCGUCUGCGGCUGACAGGCAUUGGACCCCCACAACCUAGCGGAAGCGAUACGUUGCAAGAGAUUGGCACGAAGUUGGCCGAAUUAGCGAAAACCGUCAGAGUGGAUUUCGAGUUUAGGGGGGUGAUCGCUGUAAAGCUUGACGACAUCAAACCAUGGAUGCUUCAGAUACGCCAUGGCGAAGCGGUUGCAGUGAAUUCUGUGUUACAGCUGCACAAGCUACUAUAUUCUGCCGGACCUGAAGCUCCUAUCGACGCGGUUCUGCUCUUAGUUCGUGAAUUGAAGCCCAAAAUUUUUACUAUUGUUGAACACGAGGCUAACCACAACCAACCCUCGUUUCUGGGUAGGUUUAUAGAGGCUUUACACUAUUAUUCAACCAUGUUCGACGCGCUGGAAGCGUGCAACUUGCCUUCCGAGAACAACGAACAAGUCCUAAUUGAGAUGUACCUCGGCCGAGAAAUCUACAACAUUGUAGCUUGUGAGGAUGGUGCUCGCACUGAGCGGCAUGAAAAUUUAUUCCAAUGGCGGUUGAGAUUGUUGAAGGCUGGUUACCGGCCGAUUCAGCUGGGCCUGAAUGCUUUCAAGCAGGCCAGCAUGCUGCUAACUAUGUUCUCUGGCGAAGGCUACAGGGUCGAAGAAAAACUGGGUUGCCUGACUCUUGGAUGGCACUCACGCCCUCUGAUCGCGGCUUCUGCAUGGAAAUGUGCAUGAUCAAUCCCAAGUUUCAAUCGACGUUGCGAAACGAUUACCUCAGUAACAACCAUACACGCAACCCUGUUUUCAAUGCGGUUCGAUGAUUGAAACGAGCACACAAUGCAUUGAACCUUCAUCAGAUCCAUAGUGCAGUUGCUGGAUCAAUUCCAUCUGACUAGUGUUUGCGGUCAGUACACAGCUUCGUUGUUCCGCCACCAUAAAACAAGUCAACUCGAUCACGUAACUUGAGAAAGAACUCAAACGCUAUGUGAGGUAGUAAUUGCGACCGACACAACCUCAUCCUAAAAUCGUCCUGCAGUAGAAUCAUCCGUGGUAGACCAUCGAGACAGGCUCUGGAGAUGUACCUUAGUAUCGGUGAUGUGCAUUGCAUACUCAACGAUAUCUCCAGAGAAAUUGAUUCUCAAUCCCGUCCAACCCAACCACUUGCACCUUCACCACACUGUGUGCGCUCAUAGCUGUUGAUGAACUCAUUAGGAGUUGAUCAGAUGACUGCGAGACCCAACCCAGUAUGCAGGAACUCAAUCUUCAAUGUAAGUGUUUGCGCUGUAAUGCUAUGAGAACCCAGCUCGAUGACUAAAACUAAUUUCUGAUGGAAAUUAGUGGCGAGCUUGCAAGUUGACGAUGAGUGAAACUGGCAACCAGAUGUUGUGAGAGAGAUGGAGAAAGCCAUUGCUUAGGGAUCUUUCUUCUUUCAAGCAAAGUUAUGAAUGAUAAUAUUGCAUUG